AUGGGAAAAACGUUAACUGGGUUUCAUUUUAUAGAUGCAAUUAACGAGAAAAAGCCAUGUGUGAAUGAAGCCUUGGGAUUGCAAGUUGUUCAGUUUGCUUGUUUUCAGGUACUUCAUCUUCAAGAAAGACUAGUCUCUACUAGAAAAUCUAGUAAAAUCCCAGACACACUCUUACCAACAUACACACUUGGAAAAAGGCGAACUGAUCAUAAUCUAUUAAUCCUUGUCGAUCUAGCGAAGCUAGGAACUGAACUUCACUACACUGAGAGAGGGGGAGACAUUGCAUUUGAUGGUCCAAAUCAAUCCAUUUUGUACCCAAUAAUUUCCCUUAGAGAUGUUGGAUUUGGGGAUAGAAAGUAUGUGGAGAAGCUAGAACGACAGACGAUGGCAUGUUUGUAUGGAGUGAAAGCUAGAGCUGGGGAGAAAGGGGAAACGGGAGUUUGGGUUGGAGAUAGGAAAAUUGGAGCCAUUGGAGUUAGAAUUUCAAAUGGGGUUACUUCUCAUGGUUUAGCUUUUAAUGUGGAUCCUGAUUUGAUGUCUUUUAUUAAGCAUAUUGUGCCCUUGUGGGAUUGUUGAUAUAAAGAUGUAACAUAGUUGAGAAAAGAGACUAAGGAAGUGCUUCCUAGUGAAGAAGUUUUGGAAGAACAGUUGAUUUCUUGUUUUGUUAAGUUAUUUGGUUAUUGUAAAACUGAGGUGGAGAAGAUUCCUUUAACUGAAUUAGAUUUUAGUUGUUAUAAACCAAUUAUACUUUUGUUAAGUUUUGUUAAUCCCUCCUACUCACUCCCAUUAUAA